UCAAAUCAGAACCAAAACCCAUUUUAAAGUAAAGUUAAGGGUGAAAAUGGGGUCUCUAAUGGCCUCUGGUACCCUCACUCUUCUAUUGGCAGUAGUCUCUCUCAAUUUAUUGCCAAUUCAAAUCUCAGCAAACAAUUACAUCUAUACAUCUCCACCACCACCAAAGCCUUACUAUUACCACUCUCCACCACCACCAAUGCACUCACCUCCUCCUCCUUACCAUUACUCUUCACCACCACCACCACCAAAGAAGCCAUACAAGUACCCUUCUCCCCCACCUCCAGUGUACAAGUACAAGUCUCCACCACCACGUACACCAGCUUACUAUUAUAAGUCUCCUCCUCCUCCACCAAAGAACCCAUACAAGUACCCAUCUCCUCCACCACCAGUUUACAAGUACAAGUCUCCACCACCACCCUUUAAGUACCCACCUCAUCUACCACCACCAGAUAAGCCCUACAAAUACCCAUCACCUCCUCCACCAGUUUACAAGUACAAAUCACCACCACCACCUUACAAGUGGCCAUCUUCUCCACCAACACCAAAGAAGCCGUACAAAUACCCAUCACCUCCUCCACCAAGUUACAAGUACAAGUCUCCACCACCACCGUAUGUGUGGUCAUCUUCUCCACCACCAGUAAAGAAGCCCUACAAAUACCCACCACCUUCUCUACCAAUUUAUAAGUACAAGUAUCCACCACCACCGUAUAAGUGGCCAUCUUCUGCACCACCACCAAAAAAGCCCUACAAAUACUCAUCACCCCCUCCACCAGUUUACAAGUACAAGUCCCCACCACCACCGUAUAAGUGGUCAUCUUCUCCACCACCACCAAAGAAGCCCUACAAAUACUCAUCACCCCCUCCACUAGUUUACAAGUACAAGUCCCCACCACCACCGUAUAAGUGGUCAUCUUCUCCUCCACCACCAAAGAAGCCCUACAAAUACUCUUCACCCCCACCACCAGUAUACAAAUACAAGUCACCUCCUCCACCACCUAAGAAGCCAUAUAAAUAUCUUUCUCCACCACCCCCAUUUUACAAAUACAAAUAUCCUCCUCCUCCUGUCUACUCCCCACUUCCACCACACUAUAUCUAUGCAUCACCUCCACCUCCUCCUUACCACUACUAGAUCAUGAUCUAGUGUAGAAUUCCAUGGAUCCAAAGAACAUGUGCAAAUAAAGGACACGGUGCUUGGUUGGAUGGAAGAAUAUAAUCAACGUACAUUACAGAGAUGAAUUAAACGCGUUUUGUGAGAACAUUCUUAGUUUGUAUUUUUUUCUAUUUUUUAAGUUGUAAGGCACUGUUCUGAUCUGAUCCACGUACUCCUUCCUGUCUUUGCAUGCAUUGUGGUUUCAUGCCAAUAUCAUAAAUAAACAGUUGUUUUCUGUGGCA